AUGCGUUUCUUUUCUGUCGUAACGGUCUUUGUCACCACUGCCCUAAGUAUUGCUGCAGCCUCUUCUCCAGGAGCGCAAGGCUUAGUUGACCUCGUGAAACGACGCAUUCCAGCACACGUUGACGACUUCGAGUUCAUCCUGACGGAGAACAGCACCGCUGGCUAUGACGCAUACGUUGUAUCAACGCCUACCAAAGGACAUGUGUGCAUUAAGUCCGGUUCUCUCAGCGGACUUGCGAGCGGGCUGUACCGCUAUCUUGCCGAUGUGGUGGAGGUAGACAUCUACUGGUUCAUUGGCUCUCGAUUGCAUUUAGCGCCCUCUGAACUUCCUAGUGUCAAUGGAACACUCUCCGGGGCCAGCACCGUACCGUGGCGGUAUCACUUCAACACAGUCACCUUCUCCUACACCACGGCCUUCUGGAACUGGACUGAUUGGGAGCUCGAGCUCGACUGGCUCGCACUCCGCGGCGUCAAUCUGCCUCUGGCAUGGGUUGGCGUCGAGCGGAUCAUCUACGACGUAUUCAGCGAAAUAGGACUCACGCACUCUGAAAUCAGCUCCUUCUUCAGCGGACCGGCGUUCCAGGCGUGGAACCGUUUCGGCAACAUCCAGGGCUCCUGGCCGAAAGGCAGCGAGCUGCCCAUGUCAUGGAUCGACGGGCAGUUUGCGUUGCAGAAGCGGAUCGUGCGGCGCAUGGUUGAGUUGGGCAUGACGCCUGUGUUGCCAUCUUUCACCGGCUUCGUGCCACGCGCAAUCGCUCGGGUGCUCCCCGACGCUUCGAUUGUGAACGGGUCGCGGUGGGCCAACUUCACGUCCGAGUACACGAACGUGACGUUCCUCGAACCAUUCGACCCGGCCUUCUCGACGCUGCAGAAAAGCUUCAUCGACAAGCAGACGGCCGCAUACGGCAACGUCUCUCACAUAUACACUCUGGACCAGUACAACGAAAACGACCCGCUUUCCGGCGAUCUCGACUACCUCAGGAACGUCUCGCACGGCACGUGGCAGUCGCUGAAGGGCGCAGACCCGCAAGCCGUGUGGCUGAUGCAGGGCUGGCUGUUCUACGUCAAGCAGUACGACUUCUGGACCGACGCCCGCGUCGAGGCCUACCUGUCCGGCGUCGAAGACGACGCCGACAUGCUGAUCCUCGACCUCUUCUCCGAGAGCUUCCCGCAGUGGCAGCGCACCAACUCGUACUACGGUAAGCCGUGGAUCUGGUGCCAGCUGCACAACUUCGGCGGCACCAUGGCGCUGUACGGCCAGAUCGAGAACGUGACGGUCGACCCCGUCGCGGCCCUCGCCGACUCCGCCUCCCUCGUCGGCUACGGCCUGACCAUGGAGGCGCAGGAGGGCAACGAGGUCAUCUACUCCCUCCUCCUCGCGCAAGCCUGGUCCACGACCCCGAUCAACACUACGCAAUACUUCCACGACUGGGCCGUCCGGCGCUACCGUACCUCCUCCACCACCCCGAACAACCCCCUCCCACCAGCCAUCCACACCGCCUGGUCCACCCUCCGCACAACCGUCUACAACAACACCGCCAUCCUCGCCCCCGCCUUCGCCUCCGUCCCCAAAGCCCUGCUCGAAAUCCGCCCCUCGCUCACCGCGCCGUCCCUCGUUCCGCCGCCGCUCGCCCCGGCCGCCGUACUUUCGGCCUGGACCGACCUCGUCGUCGUUCACAGCUCCUCCUUGAACACUACGCCGCCGCAGACGGACCGCGUCUGGCACGACAACCCCGCGCUCGCCUUCGACGCGAUCGAUCUGACGCGGCAGGUGCUGGCCGACGCCUUCGCGCCGCUGUACGCGGAGCUGGUCGGCGCGUUCAACGACAGCGUCGCCACUGGUAAUGCGUCCGAUGCCGUGGACGCUAUCGCGGCGAAGGGGGAGAAGAUGGCGGGGCUGCUGGGGGCGCUGGGGCGGGUUUUGGGGAUUACGCUGUGGGGGCCGAAUGGCGAGAUUAAGGAUUAUGCGUCGAAGGAGUGGGCGGGGUUGGUGUUGGGGUUUUAUAAAGAGCGGUGGAGGAUUUUUGUGGAGGAGCUGGUUAGCGCCGCGGCGGCGGGUGGGGGGGCUGCGUAUAAUGAAAGUGCGGUGCAGGAGCGGUUGAUUGCGUUUGAGCAGGGGUGGCAGAUGGAGAGGUGGGGGGAGGGGGAUGACGAGGGGGUGUGUGAGGGGGAAGGAGAGGAGGUACGGGAUGUGAUCACUCAGGUUACGGCUGAGUGGCCGGAUGUGUUUGGGUUGGAGUAG